AUGAAUCCUUCUACCGCUGAGAAAAGCGAAGCCAUGAUAAAACGAGUGAAUCCUUGUGCCGCUGACAAGAGCGAAGCCAUGAUAAAACGAAGAAGAAUGCGAAGAAAUUCAUAUGGUGACACGCCAUAUGAAAUCAUACACAUUAUACUCUUGAGACUACCCGUCAAGUCUGUGUUGCGAUUCAGGUGCGUUAGUAAAUCAUGGCUUGAUGUAAUUUCCGAUCCCCAAUUCGCGAGAUCACGUCUCAAUGAAUCAAUUAAGUUUGACCGUCAAAGUAUCAUCCGCUGGGGCUACAACGGACGUAAUCACAAAAAUUUCGACUCCAUAGCCUAUGACUGCAGUGAUAAUUCACAGCAAAAACUAUGCUUUCCAUUUAAGAAGUAUAGGAAAGCUGCUGUAUUGAGUUGUUCUUGUAAUGGUUUAGUACUGUUGUUUCUGGACGACAUAUGUGUACUGUGGAAUCCAUCCACUGGAGCAUACAAGUGGUUCUCACGUCCUCCUAAAUAUCACAAUUAUCCACCACGUGGAUUUUGCUAUGAUUCUUUCCUGGAUGAUUACAAGGUGCUGUUUUUCCGUGCAAGAGAUUUUGUGGUUUACAGUUUCAGAAGUCAAUCCUGGACAGAGGCUAAGCACUUCCCUUAUUUAGGUUAUCGUAGUGGUUCUGGCGUUAUUGUCAAUGGAGUUUUACACAUGGUUGCUUAUAAAGCCUUGAUCAAUAAUAAUAAUAAUAGAUAG